UGGUGCGGCCUGAAGAAGCGUCGGGGCUCGGCCGCUCCUCGCUCGUCAUCCCCCAGCAUGGCGAUGCACAACAAGGCGCAGGCACCGCAGAUCCCCGACACCCGGCGGGAGCUGGCCGAGCUGGUGAAGCGCAAGCAGGAGCUGGCGGAGACUUUGGCAAACCUUGAACGGCAGAUCUAUGCCUUUGAAGGAAGUUAUUUGGAAGAUACCCAGAUGUAUGGGAAUAUCAUUCGAGGAUGGGAUCGUUAUUUAACCAAUCAGAAAAACACCAACAGUAAGAACGAUCGAAGGAACAGGAAGUUUAAAGAAGCGGAACGUCUCUUUAGCAAGUCCUCUGUUACCUCAGUAGCAGCAGUGAGUGCUUUGACUGGUGUCCAGGACCAAUUGGUGGAAAAACGUGAACCAGGUAGUGGGACAGAAAGUGACAAUUCGCCAGACUUCCAGAACCAGGAGAAUGAACCGAACCAGGAGGACACUGAGGAAUUGGAUGGGUCACACCUGCAAGGCGUGAAGCCUCAGAAAGCAGCCUCCUCCACGUCAUCUAGUAGUCACCAUGGGAGUCACAAGAAAAGGAAAAACAAAAACCGUCACAGCCCAUCUGGCAUGUUUGAUUAUGACUUUGAGAUUGAUAUCAAGCUGAAUAAAAAGCCAAGAACUGAUUACUAAAGGACCUUUGCCAGUUGCAGAUGCCAAGAUCAAAGUUUGAGGAACAUGGACAUAAUAAAACAUGAAAAUCGAGUUGCUUCAGGCAUUCGCCAUGAUUUUAACUGAACUCUACUAUGUGAAGGCAGCCAUGCCUCCUCCUGGUGUUUGAGGCCACACAUUGCAUCUUUAUCAGCUGCAUCUGAUUUGUGUUCUAUUGGACGUCGCUGUUUGAUUACAGCCCAUUUGUUUGUUAUUUGUACAAGUAAAACAUCCAUUGGGUUUUAUAAUCAAUUUAAACUGUCAUGGGGUGGGGGGAUUGGGGAAUUAAUUGGUCGCUUUUAUGUCUGUUGUGACUCAGUUUAACUAUUUGAUGUUACCCGUGACAUUUAUGUGAGAUUGUAUUCUACAUAAAGCGUUGUGUUUCAUUUGGUAAGACUCAAUUUUAAAUCUCUUAUUGAAAGUUCCUGUUUCACUUUGAGUACAAAUGGCAGUUCUUUUUUUUUGUCCUGAAAUUUAUUUGAAAUAAUUUCUUCUGUGCUGGAUUGUGCCUUGACAGAUUUUGUAUGUAGGCACAUUGUUCUCAUUUUGGGGUCAAAGCCUUGUGUAGCUGUAAGUGUGAGAAAAGCACAGAAGGCCAUAAUCUCCAGAUAUUUCUAAAUGGACUCAAUGGAGUUAGAUUUAAUAGCAACAUGUGGUUUUAUUUUUUGAACCCAUUAUAUUUUUUGUGCUUUGGAUAUUGUAUGUAUAAAUAUUACCUUUUUAAUUUGUACAAUUAUGACUUUUUUUGGACACAUGGCUUUAUUAUUUUUUUUAAAAGAAGGAAAAUGGAUUUGUGACCAUUUUGUAUUAAAGAAGUUAAAUAUAA